AGUGUGCGCAUGUGCAGCACGGGAAGUGGGGAAGGGGCUGUGUAGCGGGGUUUGAGUGUGGGGUGCUGGGCGGGGAGGCUGUGGGUGUCUAUGGGUCACUUUUAAGGACCUCAGAAACGGGACCAACACGGAAGCGCCCGUGUCUAGGGCCUUGCCAGGACCUAGAGCCAGGAAGCAGCUGGGGAGGGGGAGAGGGAGGGGGAAAGCAUGGGGGAGGGGCUGGUCUGGGCCAAAAACUUGAGAAGAGAGAAGCUGCUAUCUUAGGCCUGGUGGGUGGGGCAUGCCGUGAUCACAUGCCAUGGAAGGAGCCCGAUCUUAGGCACUGAAGAGAUGCCCUCACGCACUCCCAAAUCCCCACCUGAUGCCCGACACCCCACUCCAUCGCCCCCCCCCCAUUACCCAGUAAUCCCAGCAGCCUCCCCCGUCCAGCCAGUGAAGCUUCUGAAUGGAAUAAAGACAAAGAUGAUAUCAGAGGAGGGUCACAGAGAGGAAGUCUUUCCACCUCGGGUCUGCCACCCCCCUGAAGCACCUCAGUGUGGCGCGGCAGAGAGCCUGCAGACAGAGCGAAUGGCCCCCUGGUCCCUGAGGCCCCCCUUCCAGGGGUUUAUAACCUUCAAGGAUGUGACUGUGGACUUCACGCAGGAGGAGUGGCACCUGUUGGACCAUUCUCAGAAAGACCUGUACAGGGAGGUCAUGCUGGAGAAUGUGCAGAAUCUGCUCUCAGUGGGGCUUCCAGUUUCUAGAGAAGAUUUUAUCUCCAGUUUUCAGAGAAGGGAAGGAACUUGGCUGCUAGAACAAAAACGCUUGAAGAGCUCCUAUCCAGGGGCACAGACGAAUUUUGAAGUUAAGGAGGUGUCUACAAAGUUGAGCCUUUUUGUGGAAAGAUAUGGCCUCCAAAGAUGCACAAAUGAGUGUCUCUCUGACUUCAUUUUGAGAGAAGUCUGUUACUCUAAUAUCAAGGGAAAUGAAAAUUCAAAGAGUGACUAUGAAAUUGAUGGAAGAGCAGAGAAAUUCAGCCAGUAUUCAGUUCUAAGUCAGUAUACAAAAUUGACCGCAGAAAAUGACUAUUCUCAGAACAGUGAAUACAGCAAAUGCUUUCCUACAGAACAAGACGUUAUUCAUUUGGCUGAGAAACCUCUUGAAAUGCCCUUGUAUCAAGAUCACCUAGAGGGAAUGUCCUUUGGCUCCAGUUUAGACCUCAGUCGAUAUCAAAAAACUAAACAUGUAGAGAUGGUUUCUAUGAGUAAUAAAGAUGGGAGGUCAUUCAGUCAGAACUCUGAGCUUGAUUCAUAUCAAAUAAUCCAGUGUGUAGAGAAAUCUUAUGAAUGUAAACAAUGUGGAAAGUUUUUUACACGUAGGGACAGCCUUGCCAGUCAUCAAACAAUCCACACUGGAGAGAAAUCUUAUAAAUGUAAACACUGUGGAAAGGCUUUCACACAGAAGAGCAAUCUUGCUGUACAUGAAAGAAUCCACUCUGAAGAGAAACCUUAUGAAUGUAAACACUGUGGAAAAGCUUUCAAACAAAGGAGUGUUCUUGUUUCACAUCAGAGAAUCCACACUGGAGAGAAACCUUAUGAAUGUAAACAGUGUGGAAAGACUUUUACACGGAGGGACAGUCUUACUGCACAUCAGAGAAUCCACACUGGAGAGAAACCUUACGAAUGUAAACAGUGUGGAAAAGCUUUUACACAGAGGGGCCAUCUUGCUAUACAUCAGAGAAUCCAUACUGGAGAGAAGGCUUAUGAAUGUAAACACUGUGAAAAGGCUUUUACACUGAGGGACCAUCUUGUUAGACAUCAGAGAACCCAUACAGGAGAGAAACCUUUUGAAUGUAAACAAUGUGGAAAGACUUUUGCAGAUAGGGCCUCUCUUGGUGCACAUCAGAGAAUCCACACUGGAGAGAAACUUUAUGAAUGCAAACAAUGUGGAAAGAAUUUCAUUCGGAGGGGCCGUUUUGUUGCACAUCAGAGAAUCCAUAUUGGAGAGAAACCUUAUGAAUGUAAGCAAUGUGGAAAGGCUUUUACACUGAGGGACCAUCUUGCUACACAUCAGAGAAUCCACACUGGAGAGAAACCUUAUGAAUGUCAACAAUGUGGAAAGACUUUCUCUCUGAGGGGCUAUCUUGUUAGACAUCAGAGAAUCCACACUGAAGAGAAACCUUAUGAAUGUAAACACUGUGGAAAGGCUUUCAAACAGAGUAGUGUUCUUGUUGGACAUCAGAGAAUUCACACUGGAGAGAAACCUUAUGAAUGCAAACAAUGUGGAAAGGCUUUUAUAUGGAAGAUGGAUCUCGUUCUACAUCAAAGAAUCCACACUGGAGAGAAACCUUAUGAAUGUAAACAGUGUGGAAAGGCUUUUACACGGAGGGACAAGCUUGCUGCACAUCAGAGAAUCCACACUGGAGAGAAACCUUUUGAAUGUAAACAAUGUGGUAAGGCUUUUACAGUGAGAGGUAAUCUUGUUUCCCAUCAGAGAGUCCACACUGGAGAGAAACCUUAUGAAUGCAAACAGUGUGGAAAGACUUUCACAUGGAAGAUGUCUCUUGUUCCACAUCAGAGAAUCCACAGUGGAGAGAAACCUUAUGAAUGCAAACAAUGUGGAAAGGUUUUCACACACAGGAGUUCUCUUACUGCACAUCAUAGCAUCCACACUGCGUUGAGACCUCAUGAAUGUAAAUAGUGUGGAAUGGCUUUCAUAGAGUAUUUAUCUGGUUAAAUAUCAGAGCACUGUUAAAAGGAAGAGAGGGUUUUAGCAAGAGAGUGUGGUCUACAGGGGAGAGUUGCAGGAGGAAAAAGAUUCUAGAAUGUGAAAGUAGGGAUUAGACAGUUAACUAGCGUUUGGCUGUCUUUUCUCUGGAUUUACUUGCGGAGACUAUCUGUCCUGUGGUUGCUGAUCUACCCUGAUGCCUCAUCCUACCUGCUGCCUUGCUGUUGUCUGUUGUGUUUCCUUGUGAUUCUGGAAUAUCUGGCUAUUUGACUGUAAGACAAGGUCUGGGCUCCUUUUUAAAUCCAUGACCUUUCCUUGGGCCCUGCCAAACUGUCAUAGACCACUAUCUCUAAUACUAUCUAAAGGGGUGGGGGAUGUUAGUGCAGAUUUAGGUAGAACAGGGACUGGGUUUUCUUUAGGUUAGAGAGGUGAAGGUUAGUGUAGAUCAAACUGAAGACUCCUUGUGAAGGGACAAUUAGGUCUGUGAAGUUUUUGUUAGUUGACUUUAAUAUUAAUGUCAUCCUUAUUCCUAUCUGUCCUUUCCUCUUAGAAUAAACACAACUUUCCUGUUACUAUGUGGUCUGUGUGUAUUGGUCUCAGACCAGACUUUGCCUGAACUGGGUCUCUAUUGGCCUUCCCAAACCACAGUUAACAUCCUGAUACUGGUCCAAUUCUAUGCAUCAGAUCCUAUCCCUAAUACUACCCUAAUACAGUUUUGGGUAGUCAGGUAGAAGAAGGAAGAAUUGGUGAAAAGCUGAAAUUUCAUCAAUCAAAUUGAGUCUGCAGGCAAAAAGUUCAGGAAGGAGUGCACGAUUCCUGUGGAGGGGGAGAUUCCUGUGGAAGAAGAGAAUCCAGAGACAACAGAGGAAAUUAUGCAGGACUGAAGUAUUUGUAGCUGAGAAGCAGAUAGAAACCUUAAAGAUGAAUUUUCAGUGAAAAGGAUCAAGUGAUUGAUCCAAAACUGUUUGUAUUGGUUUUUUGGCUAACGUAACCUUGCAUAUUUUCAUAUAAGAAUGCAUUCAACAGUGCAUAUUGCUGCCAUGGGCUGAAGAAAAGAUUUCUUCAGACAAGAUGAGAAGAUGGACAGUCUAAUGUUUCUGUAGGUAUAUUGCAUACAACAGAAACACAACAUAACACAACAUAAACACAUAGACGUAAAAAUGGUUAGGUUACAUUGAUUAGUGAAUCAAUGAAUUGUUACUUGUUAUAGGAUUUAGUUAUAUAUGAGUGUCCAUGUAUGUAAAUGGAUACUUUUUAGAUUUUAGGGAGGUUAGAAUAGUAGUAGCAUAGGUAUAGUAGGUUAGUUUUUAGGAGAUUUCAUUUAUAUAGAAUGUCUGAAUUCAGAUGUUCUCUUUUGAUGAUAUUAGGAAGCAUAUAGGGAUGUAGUUAGAUUAGGGGUAAAGGUUGAUAAGGUAGGGUAGUAUAUUACAUUAAAACUUACAUUACUACAUGAAUUACACUUUCCACAUAUAUAUAUAUAAAUAGUGUAUAUCAUAGGGUUGAUAAAAUUGUAUUAAACUGAAUGUACACAUGUAUGUAAGUGUAGGUAUAUAUGUAACUUGUAAAUAUGACAUGCAUAUAUGUGUAGCACACAUGCAUAUGUCUGUAUGUAUUAUAUGUAUAUAUGUAGAAAUUAUGUCUGUAGUUGAUAUUUGAUACUGAUUAAGUUUCCUACAUAGGACAGUCAGAUGCACAGUUCUAUGUAACAGUUUCAAUUUUGUGUAAUAAUAAUGUUUUAAUUUAGAAUAAGAUUGUUUUGAAUUUUCAUCUAUUUUUAAAUGUAUUUUGCAUAAGUAAGUUUUGAUGGCUUGGUUUGGCAUUUUUGUAAAGCUUAUACAAUGUUGUGUUUAUUGUACUUUUCUAUUUUGCUGUUUUCUGUUUACUGUAUUGUAAUAGUUUUGAUAGGAUUCUUUUCUGUGUUUAUAAGAAUGAUAUUUUUAUGACUUAUUUAGCAUGAAGUUUUGUGUUUCUAUUUCUGUUAUGAUAUUUUCUUGCUUAUUUUGCUUUUUCAUGGUUUCUUUGUAUUUUAUUCUUUGUAACAUAUCAUUGUACAUUUUUCCCCUUUUCCUUUCCUCUGUUUGAAUCCCUAGAGUAAGGUAGUAUUAGAUAGGAUGUAGGCUAUUUAUUAUUUUGGGUAAGAAUUUUAGUUUAGGUGGGAUACAAGUUUGUUGAUGCACAAAUGCAGAAACAGUUGUUGUUUUUAACACUAUUUGUCCUUUGUGCAAAGGGAGGAACUGUUUUAAAGAAGAGAGGGUUUUGGCAAGAGUGUUUGGUCUGUAGGGGAGAGUUGUAGCAGGUAAAGAUUCUAGAAUGUAAAAGUAGGGGUUAGAUGGUUAACUGGGAUUUGGCUGUCUUUUCUCUGAAUUUACUUGGGGAGACUGGCUGCCUGUCCUGUAGUUGAUGAUCUACCCUGAUGCCUCAUCCUACCUGCUGCCUUGCUGUUGUCUGCUGUGUUUCCUUGUGAUUCUGGAACAUCUGGCUAUCUGACUGUAAGACCAGGUCUGGGUUCCUUUUAAAUCCAUGACCCUUUCCUUGGGCCCUGCCAACUGUCAUAGACCACUACCUCUAAUACCACCUAAGGGGGUGGGGGGUCAUGGGGGCGUUAGUGCAGAUUUAGGUAGAGCAAGGGACUGGGUUUUCUUUAGGUCAGAGAGGUGAGGAUUAGUGUCAAUCAGACUCUCUGAAGACUCCAUUGGAAGGGAUAAUUCGAUCUCUGAAAUUUUCAUUAUUUGACCUUAGUAUUAAUGUUAUCCUAAUUCCUGUCUAUCCUUUGUUUUUAGAAUAAACACACCUGUUCUGUUACUAUGUGGUCUGUGUGUAUUGGUCUCAGACCAGACUCUGCCUAGACAGGUUUUCUGUUGGCCUUCCCAAACCACAUUUAACAUCCUGAUACUUGCCCAAUUCUAUCCAUCAGAUCCCAUCCCCAAUACCCAAUACCCUAAUACAACAUCCACAUUGGAGAGAAACUUUAUGGAUGGAUGUAAUCAGUUUGGAUAAGCUUUCACAGAAAACUCCAACAUUGCUUCAUUUCAAAAAAUCUUCACUGGAGGGAAAUCUCUUGAGUGAGACUGAAGUUAUAGUUACAACUUUUUGAUUGUUUAAUGUAAGAGGAUCCACACCAGAGAGAAACUUUGGGAGUAUUAUCAAUGUGGUACGGACUUAAGGCAACAAUCUUUUAUUCCCAACCUAGAAUUCCUUUUGAAAAGAAAUCUUAUUACUGUUGUGUGUGAUAAAGGAUGAAUGGUUUGUUCCUCCCAAACUCCUGUUCCUUCCUCCCCUUCCCAACCAAUAAAUCAAUUAUUUAUA